UCCAUAAUCAGCGAUAAAACGAAUGACAAAAGAAGAGCGAUUGCUGCGAAGCGACAGCGUUUCCUCGUUGGCAGUGGAGUAGAACAGUCUGAGAUUAGAUUUCGCAGCGGCAUCACACGGUUUCGGUAGUGCAACGAAAUGACACAACUAGCGCUAGACGAUGUGCUCAUCGAGAUUGGCACAUUUGGCCGGUUCCAGCUUCGGCAGUUUCUGCUGAUGAUACUGCCCCUGGUGUUUAACGCGUUCUCCAACCUGUCGUACGUGUUCACUGCCGCCGAUCUUAAGUACAGAUGCUACAUUCCCGAGUGCGAGAGCCGUAACGACACAGCGUACCUCACCGAGUGGUUACAUGCAGCAGUUCCGUUCGUGCGCAACCAACCGGCCGGGUGUGAACGGUACGAACCGUUUGUAAACAUCACCGGCGACUAUUUACAAUGCCAAGCGUCCGACUUCAACGAGUCCGCUAUCACGCGAUGUUUCGACUUUGUGUAUGAAGAUAAAGCGGCUACUACGAUUGUGAAUGAAUUCAACCUCACCUGCGAUGAAAACACGUGGAAGAUAACUUUGGUCGGAACACUGCACAGCGUCGCUCAGGCGCUGGCACUCCUGCUAGGUGGUUUAUUUUCGGAUCGAUACGGUCGCAAACGGGCCCUGCUGCUCUGCCUCGGGCUGGGUUCGACCCUAGGGAUCAUCCGAUCGUUCUCAGUGAGCUAUGAGAUGUUUUUGGUCUUCGAAUUCCUAGAGCCAUUGCUGGGUUCCACCAUGUACACGACGGCGUUCAUCCUUGGCCAGGAGCUGGUAGGUCCCAAGCAUCGCGUCUUUGCCAAAAGCCUGUGCUUGGUAGUGUUCGCACUGGGCGAAGCCGCCAUGGGCGUUAUUGCAAUGUUCAUACACAACUGGCGCUACUAUCUGCUGGCCUUGUUUGUGCCGGGCCUCGUAUCGCUUUCGUUCCUAUGGAUAACGGCCGAAAGUGUGCGCUGGCUGCUAUCGAAGGGCCGCAACAAGGAAGCGAUCGACAUACUGCUGAAGGCGGCCACAACUAAUCGGAAAACAUUGUCGGAGAAUACGCUCAAGUACUUUGCCACCAAUGACUAUCAAUGCGAGUCGCCCCAGCUGCCGGCGAAUUCUUCCUUCUUCGAACAGCUAGCGGAAGUGUUCAAAUUCAAACGUCUGACCAUACGACUGGCAAUCUGCUCGUUCUGUUGGUUCACCAAUGUGAUGGUGUAUUAUGGUCUCACUUUGAAUUCGGUCACACUAGCGGGAGACAAGAACGUUAACUUUAUCUUGAUAACCCUGGUCGAAAUACCUAGCGCGGUGAGCAUGAACUUCAUCCUGAACCGAUUUCCACGACGGAUGGCACAGUUCGUGUCGUUGGCGCUGUGUGGAGUCUUGUGCCUGGUGACACUGGCCAUUCCAGAGGAUGAAAGCUGGAUCCACACGGCCAUGUUCCUCUUCAGCAAAAUGGCAAUAUCAUUUUCCUUCGGCGUGCUGUACAUUUACACCGCGGAAAUCUUUCCCACCAACCUGAGACAAAGCUUACUGUCCAUGUGUUCUAUGAUCGGCCGAAUAGGGUCGAUCGUGGCCCCACAAAUGCCACUGCUGGCCAGAGUUUGGAAACCCCUGCCGAUGACCCUGUUCGGUUCCAUUGCGCUACUAUCAGCGUUUACGAUUCUAGAAUUUCCCGAGACCGGCAAUGUCCGGCUGCCAAACACAGCCAGCGAGGCAGAAAAUCUUAAACAGAACAGUUUUGAUAGCGAUCGUUCGGAAAAAUCGUUCACCAUGCCACAAUCCGAAGACGACGUGGACUUGGACGAAGUGCUGCAGGAGAUCGGUCAGUUUGGGCUGUUUCAAACGAAACAAUACGGGCUGAUGGUACUGCCGAUCAUAUUCAAUGCCCUGUUCACACUCAGUUACAUCUUCACGGCCGGCAAUCUUGAGUACAGAUGUUUAGUGCCAGAGUGUGAGCUCCCUGCCACUACUAUCUACCAUCCCGAUUGGUUGAACGGAUCGAUUCCAUUCCAGGCUGAUGCACGAUGUCAACGGUUCCGAUACCUUUCGAACGAAACCGCGCCGUUGCAGCUGGAGUGCAGUAGCGAAAGCUUCAAUUCUUCCGACUCUGUUGCGUGUGAUAGAUUUGUGUUCAAAACCGACGAAACAACGAUAGUGCGAGACUUUAAUAUAACAUGUGCGCAAAACGAUUGGAAACUUACGAUGGUGGGCACCGUCAACAACGUGGGACAGUUUGUAGCCCUCCCAAUCGCAGGCUAUCUGUCGGAUCGGUUCGGUCGCAAGUGGAUCCUUCUAGUGAGUGUGGCCGGCAGUGCAGUGUUCGGUGUUUUACGCUCAUUCGCAACCAACUACGAAAUGUUUAUAGCGAUGGAAUUUCUAGACCCGGUCAUUGGUUCCACCAUGUACACUACCGCAUUCAUACUGGCGCUUGAGCUAGUAGGUCCGAAAAUGCGCGUAACCGGUAACAACAUUAUUUCCUGUGCCUUUUCGUUUGGGGAAGCACUGCUCGGUUUGCUGGCCAUGUAUUUCCGCGAUUGGCGCACACUGCUGCGCAUUUUGUACAUUCCUGGUCUGCUGGUUCUGCCGCUGCUUUACACAACCGCGGAAAGCGUCCGGUGGUUGUUGUCUAAAAACAGAAAAGAUGAAGCGUUUAAAAUUUUGAAAAAAGCCGCCAAAGUAAAUGGCAAAUCGUUGUCCCCGGUUGCGUUGGCGAAAUUCAACUCCACCGACACUAAGAGCAAUUCAACCAGCUCGUUAGACAAUAAAACUUACACACAUCUGCUGAGCGAAGCGCUGCAAAACCCGGGCCUAGUGCUGCGUGUCAUCAACUGUUCCUUUUGCUGGCUCACAAACACGAUGGUUUACUUUGGCCUGAGUCUCAACUCUGUCUCGCUAUCGGGCAACAAAUAUUUGAACUUCAUUCUCGUCUCGCUGAUCGAACUGCCCGGAUUCUUUUUGAUGCAAUUGAUCCUCGAUCGUGUAGGGCGUAAGAAGACACUGUUUGCAACGCUCGUUUUAAGCGGUCUGUUCUGCAUCAUAUCCGCAUUUAUUGAUGGUAUCGAUGCGCCUGCUCUCAACCUAACACUAUUUCUGCUCAGCAAACUCACCAUCACGAUGUCGUUCGGUACGCUCUACAUCUAUACGGUGGAAAUCUUUCCCACAAACCUACGCCAAAGCCUGCUCUCGACAUGCUCCAUGUUUGGACGGAUCGGUUCGAUGAUUGCACCGCAGACGCCGCUGUUGGCUAAAUUUUGGACACCGCUACCGAUGGUUCUGUUUGGCGCUCUGGGCAUUACUGCGGGAGUAGCGGCGCUCAAGUUUCCCGAAACGCUCAACAACGAACUGCCCAACACGCUCGAAGAAGCCAUGAACAUGCAAGGAAACGACAUUCCCCCAACCGACCGGUGAUACUGAGUUUCGGUCUAUACAAUAAAUAAUGCA